UCUAAAUAAAAGUAGUGGUGUAAUCUUCACACACUCAACUAUGCCAAGAACUCCUCCUAUGAAGAUUGAAUCACAGGUCUGGAUUUUCAGUACUCUGGAAAACAAAGCGUUCACACAUCGGCCAAAUCCCGCCUUGGGACUAUAAAUUCGAAUGGAUCAUGUCUUAUCGUAGAGAUGCUGACGUUUCGAGACCCUAUGGUAAAAUCAUAAGACUGGACAAAAGUAUAACAAGAAAUUAUUCUGAGGUUUUUCGACAGAAGACAACAUUCGGUGUUUGGAUGUCUAGUCACUGCCCUGUUCCAUCUCGUCGUAAAGAAUACAUUGAAAAAUUACAGAAGUACAUAGAUAUUGACACGUUUGGGUCGUGUGGAAAAAAGAAGUGCGGGGUUCGAAAUCCUGCUAUGAAUGAGUGUCUGAAGAAUUUCUCUAGAGAUUAUAAGUUUUAUUUCUCCUUCGAAAAUAAUGUUUGUAGAGAUUACUCAACAGAGAAAGUGUUUAACUUAUAUGAAUACAACCUGAGCAUCAUACCGGUUGAAAUAUAUGGUCCACCCCAAGCAGGUGAAUACUUACCUAAGGGAACUUUCAUAAACGCUCUAGAUUAUACGUCUCCGGAAACAUUGGCAAAAGCGCUUAAAGAAAUUGGAUCUAGUGAAAAAUUAUAUACUCAAUAUCUGAAAGAAAAAGAUGAAUACUGUUCUUUAAAUAAACAUGAAAUAUUUCGCGAUUCAAUGUGUUCUGUUUGCAAAACGCUUGUUCAACAAGAGGAUAAGAAAAUACUAACAAAACCAAAAGUGAUCGACAUGUUUAAAACCGAGUGUUAACCGACUGUAAAUUAACCGAUAGUUAAGGAGGCUAGAUGGUCAGCAAUGAUCCAU